GAUUCUGGCUCCCCGACGAAAAUAUCCUUCCCGCUUUGUGUGGCGACAAUGAUCGCCAACGAUAUCCGCACCUCGCUUGUGCUUCUUCAAGCAUGGCGUUCCUUGCUGUUUCCUCCACUCCAAGCCCGAACUUCUCUUCUUUCAAACCAUCCAGAGCCAAAAAAUCUCCGAAAUUCACACCAACCCGUCUCGCAAAGCUUCAAGAAGAUGCCAAAAAUCAUCAAAUUUCGUACGAAUCUUACUUCCUCCGCAUAUCCUCUCUGUGCAAAGAUGGCCAACUCCGACAAGCUGUGAACCUCCUCUCCGCAAUGGAGCUCAAGAAUCUCCAAGUUGGGCCUGAGAUUUAUGGUGAGCUCCUUCAAGGAUGUCUGAAUGAGAGAGCUCUGUUCACAGGUCAGCAAGUUCAUGCUCGGAUUGUGAAGAACGGUGAUUGCUUUUCCAGAAAUGAGUAUAUGGAAACCAAGUUGGUGAUAUUCUAUUCCAAAUGCGAUGUUUCGGAGGUUGGGAACCGCUUGUUUCGCAGGCUACGGGUGCAGAACGCGUUUUCUUGGGCUGCUAUUAUUGGGUUGCAUUGUAGGAUGGGUUAUAGUGAGGAAGCUUUAUUAGGUUUUCUUGAGAUGCAAGAAAGUGGGGUUCUGCCCGAUAAUUUUGUAGCUCCAAAUGCGUUGAAGGCUUGUGGGGCUCUGCGAUGGAUUGGAGUUGGGAAAGGGGUUCAUGGGUAUGUGGUGAAGAUGGGUUUUGGUGGGUGUGUAUUUGUGGCAAGUAGUCUGGUUGAUAUGUAUGGGAAAUGUGGGGUUUUGGAGGAUGCAAGGAAGGUGUUCGAUGCUAUACUUGACAGGAAUGUUGUUGCUUGGAAUACGAUGAUUGUGAGCUAUGUCCAAAAUGGAAUUAGUGAGGCAGCGAUCGACAUGUUCUAUAAUAUGAGAGUGGAAGGUAUUGAACCUACUCGAGUCACUGUGUCUAGUUUUCUUUCAGCGUCAGCAAAUAUGGGUGCACUUCAAGAGGGUAAGCAAGGUCAUGCGAUUGCAGUAGUAGGCGGAUUAGGAUUGGAUAAGAUACUAGGGAGUUCUAUUAUAAACUUCUAUUCCAAGGUUGGUUUGAUUCAUGAUGCAGAGCUUGUUUUUGGUCGGAUUCCUGAGAAAGAUGUGGUGACAUGGAAUUUGCUCAUAUCGGGUCAUAUAGAAUUUGGUCAGGUUGACAAGGCACUUACUAUGUGCCAGCUUAUGACGUUAGAUAACUUGAGGUUUGACUCCGUGACUCUUGCGUCCUUAUUGUCUGCCUCAGCAGAUACUAGCGAUAUAAACCUUGGAAAGGAGGGACAUGGUUAUUGUAUUAGAAACAAUCUAGAAUCUGAUGUGGUUGUUGCGAGUAGCAUUGUAGAUAUGUAUGCCAAAUGCGAGAGAAUUGAUUAUGCAAGACAAGUUUUCAACUCCACAAUCAACAAAGAUAUCGUACUAUGGAACACGAUGUUAGCUGCGAAUGCAGAGAUAGGUGAGAGUCGUGAGGCUUUGAAACUGUUUUAUCAGAUGCAGCUGGAGAGUGUGCUACCAAACGUCAUAUCAUGGAAUUCUGUGAUUUUGGGUUUCCUUAGAAAUGGCCUGGUCAAUGAGGCUAAAGACAUGUUCUUGCAAAUGCGUUCCUCCGAUAUUGAGCCUAACGUGAUCACUUGGACUACUCUUAUCUCUGGUCUGGCUCACAAUGCUUGUGCCUAUGAGGCGAUUUCUGUUUUUGCGCAGAUGCAAGAAGCAGGUAUUAAGCCCAAUACACUAAGCAUUGUCUCUGCUCUCUCGGCUUGCAGCGAUGUGGCAGCAUUACAUUAUGGAAGAGCUAUUCAUGGCUAUGCAACAAGGCAUGACAUUUUGCUCUCUGUACAUAUUACAACAUCUUUAGUGGACAUGUAUGCUAAGUGCGGGAUCAUAGAUCAAGCAAAGUGGGUGUUCGAUAUGAUUUUAAACAAAACAUUACCUCUCUAUAAUGCGAUGAUCUGUGCUUAUGCAUUACAUGGUCAAGCUCUUGAAGCUCUAGAACUAUUUAAACAAUUAGAGGUGGAAGGUAUAGAACCAGAUAACAUAACCCUCACUGGUCUCUUAUCAGCUUGCUGCCAUGCCAAGCUGGUGAAUGAAGGUCUAGAACUUUUCAAUCAUAUGGUCUCUAAACUCCAUAUGAAGCCAACUAUGGAGCAUUAUAGUUGUGUGAUUAAUCUUCUUUCUCGCUGCGGUGACUUUGAUGAAGCUAUCAGACUUAUUCUCACAAUGGCAUGCAAGCCUGAUGCACAUAUAUUAGGAUCACUACUUGCUGCUUGUAGAGAUUUCCCUGAGAUUGAACUUGGGGAUUUUUUGUCCGAGCAUUUAUUGAAGCUGGAGCCAGAUAAUCCUGGAAACUAUGUGGCACUUUCAAAUGCACAUGCAGCUUCGGGAAGGUGGGAUGAGGUAUCAUACGUGAGGGAUUUAAUGAAACAAAAGGGCCUCAGGAAGGUUCCUGGAUGCAGUUGGGUUCAAAUAGGAGGAGAACUUCAUGUGUUUGUUGCAGGUGAUAAAUCACACCCCAAAAUUGGUGAUAUUUAUACAACACUGGCUCUGUUGGGAACGGAGAUGCACUUUACAGGAUAUGAACUUAUGUUUGGUGAUUCCGAAAUCCUAUUCUCUUGAGCACAAUAUUUCACAAGUGAAAUGAUUUGGAAAGUUCUCAAGACAGGCACAAAAAUAUGACAGAUAACUGUUUCCAACAAGCCAAUAAUACCCAACCAAUGUUGUUGAAGUUGAUCGAAAAGUUGAGGACAGAAAUAACCUUAUUCACCUGUCUGGGAAAGGACUAGUUCUUAGCCAAAAUCACCAAAUCGUCCACAAACUGUUGGGGGCAAGCUCUGAAUGAACUGGUUAUCUAUUCAUAGAAGCACAGCUUCGCAUCAGAGGAUCGUCUGUAAAUAUUUGUGAACACGCACAAUAUGAAUUUAACGUCCGACACAACAGUUCUGUUCA